AUGACUGCAUUCUGGCUUAUAGACUGUCGACAAAUCCAGGAAUCGGUCACCUUCUCCUCUCAGGUAUACCGAGAGAUUAUCUGUGUCCCCUACAUGGCCAAGUUUGUCAUAUUUGCCAAGACCCAUGACCCCAUUGAGGCCCGCCUGCGCUGCUUCUGCAUGACCGACGACAAGAUAGAUAAAACCCUGGAGCAACAGGAGAACUUCACCGAGGUCGCCCGGAGCAGAGACGUGGAGGUUCUUGAAGGCAAACCUAUCUAUGCAGACUGCUUCGGAAACCUAGUUCCUUUAACAAAAAGUGGACAACAUCAUCUCUUCAGCUUCUAUGCCUUUAAAGAGAAUAGACUGGCACUCUUCAUCAAAAUCCGAGACAACACUCAGGAGCCAUGUGGUCGACUGUCCUUUAUGAAGGAACCCAGGAACUACAGGGCACUAACCCAAUAUGCCAUAUGCAACCUAAACAUCACACUCCCGUCAUACUGCAAGGAGUCCGAUUCUGACCAAGAGGAAGAG